CCGCGAGGUGGAGGCUCACAGGGCUUUGUCCGCAGCCUCGCAGCAAGUUGGUUGCUGCACGCUGGCUUCAGCGAGAAGGGUGUCGCGUCUGUGAGAGUCCCAAAGCACGGCAGUGUUAUCCCCUCCUGUUCACCACAGCUUCUCUGAUUCUAAUUCCACUAUGAAACAGCUUCCGGCAGAAACUGUUCGUCUCCUUUCAAGCUCUCAGGUGAUUACAUCUGUUGUCAGCGUGGUGAAGGAGCUGAUAGAAAAUUCCUUGGAUGCCAGUGCCACAAGUAUUGAUGUUAAACUGGAGAAUUAUGGGUUUGACAAAAUAGAAGUAAGAGACAAUGGCAAUGGAGUCAAGGUCGCUGAUGUUCCAGUUAUGGCAAUUAAACACUACACCUCAAAAAUAAGCUCUUCUGAGGAUCUUGAAAAGCUGACAACGUACGGUUUUCGUGGGGAAGCCCUGGGAUCAAUUUGUUGCAUAUCAGAGGUUUUGAUCACAACAAAGACAGCUGCUGAUAGUAUCAGCACUCAAUAUACUUUGGAUAAUAGUGGGCAUAUAACUUCCAAAAAGCCUUCCCAUCUUGGACAAGGUACAACAGUGACAGUCCUCAAGUUGUUUAAGAACCUUCCUGUAAGAAAGCAGUUCUACUCAACAAAUAGAAAAUGUAAGGAAGAACUGAAAAAAAUCCAAGAUCUUCUGAUAGCAUAUGGCAUCAUAAAACCAGACCUGAGGAUAAUCUUUACACAUAAUAAGGCAGUUAUUUGGCAAAAGACCAGGGUGUCAGAUCACAAAAUGGCCUGUAUGUCAGUUCUGGGAACAGCCGUUAUGGGCAGUAUGGUACCUUUUCAACACUGCUGUGAAGAUCCUGAGAUAAAUCUUUCUGGAUUCCUCCCAAAAGCUGAGUCAGACAGUUCUUUGACAUGUCUGUCAGGUUCAGAAAGGAGUUUCAUUUUUAUAAACAAUCGUCCGGUUCUUCAGAAGGAAAUACUGAAGUUAAUUCGACAGUACUACAGUGCGGCGUCACACAAGGACAGUACCCGCUUAUACCCUGUUUUCUUUUUGAAUAUUACUGUACCUGCAUCUUCUGUGGAUGUGAAUUUAACGCCUGAUAAAACUCAAGUUUUACUGCAGUAUAAGGAGUCUGUCUUAUUUGCUGUUGAAAAUGUGUUGAAAUCACUCUAUGGGCCACUACCUGCUACGGUCUCUGGUGAAGCUAAUAAAACAGAUGUUACCUCAGAAGACAUGUUUGUUCAUGAAACAGAACAAACAGAUGUGGUUGUUAAUGAAAUGGAACCAUCUGGAAACAAUGAUCUACAUGCUCAUACUUCAUUCCUUUCAUUCAGCAGUGAUGUGCAAAAUUGUCAAGCAGGAAAAAACACAGAGAUCUGUUUAAAUCAUCAGGCGUUUUGUGGUGAUAAUAUACAUAGUCGCCUAGAGGAAAAAGAGGUUUCUAAGAGUGAUGCCUUUCAAGACGGUUCCUUAAAUUUAUUGCGUGAGGAGGAACAGAAUGGGCAGAAUACAACUGAUAUUCCAAGUUGCAGCGCUCCCAUGGAACCUGAAUAUAAAAAAGCUGAUGAGCAUCUUUUGAGUUCUGAUAAUACUUGCGAGAUAGAAAAAAAUGAGGAAACCUCAGUACCUAAAGACUUACCUGAAAUCUCUGCUGAUAAUUGGAGUAUGGGGAAUGGAUUUAAAAACUCUCUAGGAGACAACCUGGAACCUGUUAAGAUUUUAAUUCCUGAAGCUGGAGGAGCAACUAAGCAAAGCGAACAUGCUGGUGAACAAAGCUGUGAUCCACAAAUCCCAAAUCAAAGUAUAAAGAAAACAAAUGUAAUAAAUGAUAAAACUGGACAAGUAACUGCUUAUGACUUAAUUAGUAGUCGAAUAAUAAGGAAACCAAAGACCGCAUUUGCCCUCUUCACCCAAGAAUAUCGUUCAAAAUUGUUUUCUGAGCACCCAAAGAUUAGCAUGAAGGACAUCCUGUUGAAAAUUGAAGAGCAGUGGAAGAAUUUGAAUGAAGAGGAAAAGAAGAAUUAUGAAAUAAAAGCUGCUAAAGACCUGGAACGAUACAACAGAGAGGCCAGUAAAGCUAUGCAGCAAGCAGUGCACAGACCCACAAAGGAGACAGAGAGACAGAAACCCAGGCUGAAGACUUCCCUGUCCAACCAGCAGAAGCUUGACAAAAUGUUCCAUGCUCAAACUGAAAAGAAGCAGAAAUCUGACCAGCCUUUGAAAACUGUGACAGUACCUUUUUCCCUGAGUUCCUGUAGACAUCAGAGGCAUGAGAAGAGUAAUUCAGAUGAACAUGAGCUUUACCUGAUCCGUCGUCAGAGUUUUCCUGAUAUCUGGAUAUUUGCUACUGAAAAAAAGCUAAUGUUGCUGAAUCCAUAUAGAUUGGAAGAAGCCCUGCUGCACAAAAGAUUGCUGAAGAAUCAUCAGCUUCCAGUAGAGAAACUGGACAAGCCAAUUGUGUUAACAGACAGUAUUCUUGGUGGAUCUCACUAUAUGUCUGCUCUUUACAAAAUGCAGAAGGAUAACCAGAGAUUAAAUGGAUCAGGUUAUUUGACAGAUCCAAGGCUUGUAGCAAAUGGAUUCCAGAUAAAAGUGAUCGAAGUAAUUCUCCAUGCAGGGAGCAACAUUGGAGUUUUCCAGGCAACCUUGUAACAGGAGCCAUGCGAGAAGACAACAUCUGUAAAGUAAUGCCACUUUGUUCACCUCCUCGUUCUCCUCCAUCUGGUGAUUCACUUGCUUACUUACAGGCUUGGUGGGGCCCUUUCUGCUGAUCUGAAGGCUCAAGGUGCACCAUCUGCAGGUGGUGCCAGUCCUCAUGUCAGCACACGUGAGUUCUACACUUGCUUUGCCUUUCAACCUGGUAUCAUGAGACGAAGUUAGCAAGUAAAUGGCACGGUACCACCACCAUAUCACAUUUAAAGGAUGAUGCAGGACCGGUCUGGCCAUGCAGAAAGACAGUCAGUCUCUGGAGUUGGUGCACAGACCAUUCAUCUCAAAUCUCUUCACCAUGUGGGGACUUUCAGAGUGAUCGGACAUGAUUGUAAUGUACAGCAUUUUAAUGACUAUUUUUGGGACAUCCUCAUCUUAGAGGUUUGUAGAAAUCUAAAUUCUUUUUGUGUUCUGUAAGCAAGAUGAUUUCAUGUAGGCCCUCCCCAGAGCUUUCUUUUCCAAAGUAUCCAUCUGGUUUACUUCUGAUCCCAUGGACAGGAAGACUGAAAUGCUUGACUUCAGGUGGAGCAUUGCCAAUAUUGCUGGCUAACCAGUGGUCAAGGAAGUUUACAUUUUGGAAUUUUGUGUCUUCUGUUGGGAAAAUCAGAACUCUGCCAUUAUUAUUAAUAGUCGCAGAUCUUCUGCCAUUGUACUUGGGCAGUUCCUGCCACUUUAAAGUUGGGAUGUUGAAGUGCUUUUGGAGUUAGAAUUGGACUGGUUUUGUGUUUGUUUUUUUCCAUCAUAGAUAUUUUUUUAUUAUUUUUUUUUAGUAACAGAAAGCUAUUAACUUUUUAUUCAAUUUAUUUGCCUAAAUGAUUAGUUUUCAAUUUCAUCAGCCUUAUAUUUCCAAAAUGUUUUUCUCUGACUUCUCCUCGUAGGGUUUUGAAUGGUCUAAUUAGGACUUUUCUUCCUAUCAAGGACUCAUUUUCACAUGGAGUUCUGAUCUUGUUCUGUCAUUUUAGCAGGAAAACUCUUUCAGCUUCUGGCAAUGUUAUCCUUUUUCACCAGUGCAGCCUUUGGAUAGCAACUUUUACAGAAGUACAGGAGUUUCAGGCCCUACUUGUGUGUUGCCUUCAUUUAAGGCUAAGUCUGUCCUUAGAAUACUCCUUUGCUGUGAGACAAGAAUGUCAUUUAGCUUUGUUUUUUAUUGUUUUUAGACUCUGACUGCAACCAAAGCUGUUUUAAGUAUCUUAGACAUUGGACGUGUCAUAUCUUCUUGUUUUGGUAGACCAAUAUUUUUCAUAAAGUCUCUUUGUCUCUCCUUAUAUUGAUUGCUCAGCAGUCUAAGGAGUUUUUAACUAGAUUUUUCUCUGGAUAGCUGACAGUGAAAAACAUGUUGUGAAAUAGCUCAGAAAAAGCUUCUUGCUGUAAAUAUGUCAGUUAGGCAAAAUCAAUGGUUUCUUUGUGGAACGUGCCAGUUGUUGUGAUCUGCAGAGCUGUGACACUGAGCUCCAGUCCUCCUUCCACUGCCAUCCCACCCCCUCAUGUUUUGGCCUUACUGAGACUUCCAGUGGUGCUACCUUUGGGAGAGCAGUCUGUUUGCUUUUACUUAACUCAGUACUCUGGGAUCUUCCAGGCAUUUGUUUGCUGGGUGUAGUUUGCAGUGAUCCCUGUAUACAGAGGAGCAUUUCAAGAAGUAAGAUGAAUUACUUUCCAUCCAGUUCUUAACAUGUUUUUGGAAUAUGGACCUUUACAACACGUCUGUCUCUUUCCUCUGGAUGAAUUUUUGGAUGGAAAGGAACUGGGAGCAGGGACCAUGUCUUACCCUUUUUUUAAAUUAUUUUUUUAUUAUUAUUUUUACGGUGGGCUUAGUGUCAUGCCCUAAGGUGUGCUGUUAGGGUAGAAUUGUAUGCUUAGUAGAAUAUGUGUAUCUAACCUAUGUAUAUGCAAAGAAUGUGCUUACAAGGCUUCAAAGAGCAGUAACAGGCAAAUAACCCAUCUUCCUUGGUAACAUGAGCUGCCUCAGCUCGUGUAACCAACCAGUGGAAAAUCAUGCUGCUACUUUAUUUCAGCUUGAUUUUGAUCAUAGACUGUCAGCUAGGUACUCUUAGAGUGUCACCUAAUCUAGGUAGCAGCUGGAAGAGAACAAUUUUUCCUGGCCAUCAAAAAGGAAUUAUCCAAAGAUGAUUGUAAAUGUUUUGUUUGGACAGAAAAAGGGGUAAUUUGUAGCAAUGAGAAAUCCACAUUUUUAGUCAGUUGAAAACUAGUUUAUUUGUUCACUGACAUAUUUUCCUUGGAAUUUGCAGAGCAUUUCACAGAAAUUACCAUGGAAACUGCUUGAAGACUGCUGUUUGAGUACUCAAAAAUCUUAAUGUAUAUUUUGUCAAAAAUUUACAAGUACACUGAGGUUUGGACAUCUGCUUAUAUCAUCAGAUGUUGCCAAUAUCUGAAUUCCUGCAAAGACUUGCACAUAAAUAUGUUAAUCAGCAUGCAAUGGACUACUUUUCAGUUUCAAGAAUGUAAGCAGAAAAGGAGAAUGAUACACAAACAGAAGUACUAAAGAAGGAAAUGUCACAAUUUGUAUUGUUUGUUCUUAUGUUACACUUGCUUUAAAGUCUCAUCUGACUUUCGAGUAAGUGAAAAGUAUUGUGAAGUCAAAUCUGACUGUCAAAAUUGGCAUACAGAGAAAUUGCUAUUGGUAAAAAUAAAAAGUUUUGAGCAUCAGCAGUCUUACAAGCAAGCAUGUCUGACUAGUUUACUGGAUUUGCUUAAAAAAAAUGCUUAGUAAAUCCUGGAACUCACUGUUGUGAGACUUUAAGAGGGAAUACAAACUUUUAAACUGAAAAUCUUAACAUUUGAAACUUAAUGAAGUUCUUUGUCCUGUCUUUGUUAGCAUAUAGAGCUUUGGUAGCCUAUAGAGCAUAUAAAAUCCUGUCAUUGGUAGCAUAUAGAGCAUAUAGAACUAUUGAAGGUUCAUCAUAUAGGAUAUGCUCUUAUUGUAGAGAGAAAGCAGCAAGUGGUCUGGAACAGUGACACAAAUCUAGUCUUGCUUUCAUUAAAACAAAAUUUGCAUAAAAAUGAAAAGAGCUGGAGGAGAUUAAGAACAGACUUCAUCUUUGACGCUGUCUCUUGCAGCCUUUCUUAUGGGGAAAUAUUGGCGUAGUACAUGGUCUUAUCUCACCUUUAAUAACUGGCAACCUUUCAGAUAGUUUAAAGUUUUGCUUUCAGCUGAUUCUGAUCACAGGCUUACAGCAGUACAUAAAAAAUGUCUGGUUUUGCUGGCCAAGAUUAGGGAAAGACAGCCUGAAAAAGAAGAGGACAACAAUGCUGGGUGAAACAGGAAAUAAAGCUUCAAAUUUGAAGUGGUGCUAAAUAUAUAGCUGGAAGUAGGUUAUGUGAUUUUUAUUUCUUUGUAUCAAAUUCCCACUCUGGUCCAAGUGUCUCUGGCCAUGAAGCAUAAAACAAAUCCAACAUUGUUUACCUGGUGACACACUCAUAUUUAGAGAACUGUUUUCAACCUAUGUAGUCCUUCUGUUGACCUACAGACUCAUUUAAUGACUGUCGAGUAAACAGUGCCCAGUCAUGGAUAACAAUCUUAUUACAAUACCUAAUAAAAGUACAUUGUGGUGACUUAUAUUGCACAUAUGUGUUUUUUCAUUUCUAAAAUCUUUCAGAUCAUUCCUAGUAUUAGCCUGUGUCUUUAUUAGGAAUGUGAAUUGUCCCUUACCACAGUUUUUUAGUUUAAUCCUGUUUAUACAAAUCUGUUUGUCUCCUGCUUUUUUGACUUUGCAAAAGUUGGGUGGUAUUUUUGACUUUUUUCGUGAUCCAGGCUGAAUGUAAUUUAGCCCACCUUGGGCCAUUACAUAAGAGUGGAUUUAUUUUCAUUAGGAAUUGUACUUUGCCAUGCUUUUCCUGUGAAGUUCUUAUUUCUUAAGUUUGUGGCGGAGGAAAAGGGAGGGGAUCCAUGCCGGUUGGGUUGAGAUUUCUGUGCACGCUAUGAAUGAGCACUGAAGGUCUCUUAUACAUGAGCUGGGUGCCUAAGAACUUCCUUCUGAUAGCAUUUGAACUGUACAGAUGUUUAAACCAAUUCCAUAGGAAGUAGUGCCAACACUGUUUUAUUUUUUUCAAACUAAAUUGAAUUUUAUUACAAGCUUCUAAUUCAAUUUUAUGUAUGUUUUAAUAAAAGCUGUAGAAGUUUUAAUUUUAAAUAAAUUUUAAUUAAAGCUAUGCUCAAGACUGGGAAUGUUGCAAAAUGCUUUAAGCAUUUAAACAGUGCCAAC